AUGGCCUUGCCCAUUUUCUUACCGAUCAGAAUCACCGCCGUGUUCCUUCGUGCACGUCUCGCAGAUUUUGCCGAGAAUCCGCCUCCUCUUGCUGCUGCGUCGUCAGAUCGCCACCUGGCUGUAAUGGAUUCCAUGAACGCUGAUCUGAAGCAGGUUUCGGAAACAACUCUCCCUACGUCUUGCUCCUGUUGUUCCUUCGAUAUAGAAGUCUUAUGUGCAUCAAUGGUUAGUAGCGACAUCGAUGGAGCCGAGGCAUAUCUUUCUGACUUCACCAAGAUUGAUUCAAAUUAUGAGUCAAACCUCAUGUUCUACCUUCUAAAAAGGCAGAGAGUCAUGAAGUUGCUUCUCGAGUAG